CCUCAGGGCAGCGGUCGGCGCCCGCGUGCACGGGUGGCUGGGGGCUCUGCAGCCGCUGGCAGCCGCGCUGGGCCUGGCCCUGCCCGCGCUUGCCUCGUUCAGACAGCAGGUGUCCGGGGGAGCCCCCGGGAGCAGAGCCCUGCACUGGGGAAGCCGCCCCGACGCCUUCGUCCUCGGCUAUGCAGCGGCGCUGCCCGCAGCUGCCCUGUGGCACAAGCUCGGGAGCCUCUGGGUGCCCAGCGGCCGCGGCGGCGCCUGGGACUUGCUGUGCAGACUUCUAGGCCUCCUGGGCACUGAGGUUCGCCGCCUCCCGCUGAUCCUGGCUUUGCUGAUCCUGUCUUGUUUGGGGGAGAUGGCCAUUCCAGUCUUCACUGGCAACUUCACUGACUGGAUGCUACAAAACAAGACAACCUCUGCCUUCACCAGGAGCGUAGUGGUCAUGUCCAUGAUCACCAUAGCCAGCGGGCUGAUGGAGUUCGCCUGUGAUGCCAUGUUCUACCGCACCACGGGCCACCUGUCCAGCCGGUUUCACAGUGAGGUGUUUCAGGCUGUGCUGCGCCAGGAGACGGAGUUCUUCCAGAAGAAUCAAGCAGGUGCCAUCACAUCUCGGGUGACGCGUGACACGGCCAGUGUGUGUGAGUCUCUGAGCUCUCAGCUGUCCAUACUGAUGUGGUACCUGAUGCGAGGGUUGUGGCCCUUGGCGUUCAUGCUGUGGGAGUCACCGUCCCUCACCCUGGUCAACCUGGCUGCCCUGCCCCUGCUGCUCCUUCUGCCCCAGAAGCUGGGAAAGUGGUAUAAGUCCCUGGCAGAGGAGGAGAGCCAGUUUCUGGCAAUGUCCAGCCAGGUGGCCAUCGAGGCCCUGUCAGCUAUGCCUACAGUCCGGAGCUUUGCCAACGAGGAUGGUGAGGACCGCAAGUUCAGGCAGAGGCUGGAGGAAAUAAAGGCGCUCAACCGGAAAACAGCUUUGGCCUAUGUGGUUAACCUCGGGACCACCAGUGUGUCGGGGAUGCUGCUGAAUGUGGGAAUCUUCUACGUCGGUGGGAAGCUGGUGACGGUUGGGGCCAUCAGCAGCGGAGUGCUCGUCACAUUUGUUCUCUACCAGAAGCAGUUCACCUCAGCUUUUGAGGUCCUGCUGCUGUACUACCCCCGGAUACUCAAGGCGGUGGGCUCCUCAAAGGAAAUAUUUGAAUACCUGGAUCGGACUCCUCAGUGCCCGCCCAGUGGUUUGCUGACUUCCUCAAGCAUGGAGGGCCUUGUCCAGUUCCAAAACGUCUCCUUCGCCUACCCAAACAAUCCAGAUGCCUUGGUGCUGCAGGGGUUGACGUUCACCCUGCGACCUGGGGAGGUGACAGCCCUGGUGGGACCCAAUGGCUCUGGGAAGAGCACUGUGGCUGCCCUGCUGCAGAAUCUGUACCAGCCCACGGAGGGCCAGGUGCUGCUGGAUGGGGAGCCCCUUCCCCAGUAUGAGCACCGCUACCUGCACAGACAGGUGGCUGCCGUGGGGCAAGAGCCUCUGCUGUUUGGAAGAAGUCUUCGAGAAAACAUCGCCUAUGGCCUGACCCAGGAGCCGACGCCGGAAGAAGUCACCGCUGCCGCGCAGAGUUCCGGCGCCCACAGUUUCAUCUCUGGCCUCCCUCAGGGCUAUGACACAGAUGCGGGCGAGGGUGGGAACCAGCUGUCGGGAGGCCAGCGCCAGGCAGUGGCUUUGGCCCGGGCGUUGGUCAGGAAACCCUGUGUCCUCAUCCUGGAUGAUGCCACCAGUGCCCUGGAUGUGAACCAUCGGUCACAGGUGCAGCGGGUGCUCUACAGCAGCCCCGAGCGCCACUCCCGCUCGGUGCUUCUCAUCACCCAGCAGCUGAGCUUGGUGGAGCAGGCUGACCACAUCCUGUUUCUGAAGGAAGGCGCUAUCUGUGAGCGGGGCACCCACCAGCAGCUCAUGGAGAAGGGGGGCUGCUACCGGGACAUGGUGCAGGGCCCUGUGCGCGCUCCAGAAUGAAAGGCUGCUUGGAUCUGCACGCUGCCUUCCUUCCACUGUCUCCAGCUCUCGGGGUGCGGAACUUGGGAGCAGAGGUCUCACCUGCUGAGGAGCAGGAGUAGGCAGCUGCCUGCUGCUGGAGGAGUUGCACGCAACCGCCUGCUGUGGUUGAAGUUGGCCAAGUGCUAAGGUCCUGCCUCAGCGCCUCUUGAUAAUGCAGACUUCAGUGUAUACACUGCUUUAUGACCUGGUGGAUGCUUCGGUGUAAGACGACGAUCUGGGAAGGUGAAGAAAUAUUCCGAACACAGAGAGAGGAGAGGGAAGACCCGCUGCUCUCAGCGUGACCAAAGGCAUAUGCUGCCUCGUUACUAUGCUGUGGGAUCCUGAUAUUUAUAAUAAAAUUGGUGUUUUGCACCGGG